UAUAGCUGUCGUGCCACUACUGGAAAUAAUUCUUUGCUCUGGAGUCCUAUCGACGUCAUCGAUCAAGUUAGGCAUUCUGCAUCAUUGCGUCAUAUGGAAGAUAUUCAUCUCACAGCAACCGAUUUAUUCACUACCUAUAUAAUGCCGAUAAUUUAUGAGUGCUUACAUUUAUGUAACUAAAAACCUAAUAAAUAUCAUAUCCCUCUUACCCAUCACCCAUCACCCGUCACCCGUCACCCAAAAUGAACCCCUCAGGACCACCACAACCGCCCAAGAGCGCCGCCUACGAAACCGGAAGUAACCCAGCGACAUCCACUCCCCAAGAGCAGCGCAGAGCACAAGAACACACGCCCGGAUACAACAUCGCGGAACGCAUGCCGCCGACCCAGCCCGGAAAGAUAGCCGAGGCCACGCCCUCGAGCCUGGGGUACGGGAUCCGCGGCGCGCCGGCUGGAGAGGAGAGACACGGCCGGUCACAGGAGGAGAUGGACAGGUCCCGCGAGCUGGAGGGCGAACAGAUGCAUCCUCCCGGAGAGGGCGACGUCGCGCGGGCUGUGGAGCGGAAGGCUGGGGCUGCGGGUGGACGGCGGGAUUUAGGGGCGGAUCUUGAGCGGCAUUAUGGACGGUAGAGGUACGGUCUAUACUUAGGUGUGGUAUAUUCUCCUAUUUACCUAGAUAAUUACCUAUUCUAUUCCAUGAUUAGGGGUAAGGGCUACGAUGGGUUGCGGGGGAUGCAAGGAUGGAUGGACGAUGACACCCUGCGGGGAGGCCAAUUGGCUAUACCACACGGCAGUACGCCGAAUCAAUAUAGACGCUCUUUUCACGUUGAGAAAGGAUUGACGGCUUACGCUCGUGAUCGAUUACUGGUGGACGUGGCUUCACAUGCUUAGUAGGACUUGAUAAGGUCUA